AUGACGCACCGCGGGCUCGCCGUUGAAAUACCGCCCGCGUACAUAUAUACGUACUUAGCAAACGUCGUCUGCGCCACAGUACCCACUGACGGCGUCCUCGAACGCAGCGACGUGCGCUCGCCGAGAGUCCGAGACCACCAUCCUCGUACAUUGUAUCGCGCACAGUACAGCGGGUACA